GACACGGGCAUCAUUUACAGCAUAGUGGCUUGCAAGCUAAUAACAAAGGUUCUGUGAUUAUCUUUUAAAAAUGUUUGGAAAAACGACAGUCAAAUUAGAGGAGGAAUUUGGUGGGACAAAAGAGAAGGAACUUGAAGCACGUGACGCUAUUUGCAGGCAGCCUCGAGUUGCGUUACAAGACAAUGGAGAAAAAUAUGAUCCUGAGCAGCAGGAGCCACAUUCUCCAGACAUUAAAAAAGAGGAGGUUCCCCUUCAAAUUAAAGAGGAGAAGGACACGGAGCUCCUUUGCGUUAAAGAAGAGCAGCAGCCGCCUUCCUUCAACAUCAAAGAAGAAGCACAGCUCUCAUACAUUAAAAAGGAAGACGAUUUCACAGAAUUGCCGGUGACUGAUGUCCCUUCGAAGGCUGAAGAUUCUUCAAAUCACCACCUGAAAGUAAAAGACAAUGAACUAUUGCUCUCCGAUAGCGACCGUACCAUGUCCAACUCAUCUGACUUGGACAACAGGGAGAAAUCUUUUUCCUGCACAUAUUGCGACAACGGAGAAAAAUAUGAUCCCGAGCAGCAGGAGCCACAUUCUCCGGACAUUAAAAAAGAGGAGGUUCCCCUUCAAAUUAAAGUGGAGGAUACAGAGCUCCUUUGCGUUAAAGAAGAGCAGCAGCCGCAUUCCUUCGACAUCAAAGAAGAAGCGCAGUUCUCAUACAUUAAAAAGGAGGACAAUUUCACAGAAUUGUCGGUGACUGGUGUCCCUUCAAAGGCUGAAGAUUCUCCAAAUCACAACCUGAAAGUAGAAGACAAUGAACUAUUGCUCUCUGAUAGCGACCAUACCAGGUCCAACUCAUCUGACUUUGACAACAGGGAGAAAUCUUUUUCCUGCACGUAUUGCGGUAAAAGAUUCUCCCGUAAGAGCCGCUUAGAAAGCCACACCAGAACACAUACUGGUGAGAAACCUUUCGCCUGUUCAGUUUGCGGUAAACGAUUCUUGACCAAAGCGUUCGCCAGAUUCCACACCCACAAAGACGAGAAAGCGUUCGCCUGCCUGGCGUGCGGUCGCCGGUUCUUGCAAAAAGCGCACCUCGUAGCCCACACGAAAAUGCACAACGGCGUCAGACCUUUCGCCUGCUCGUUUUGCGAUUGUCGGUUCACCACAAACGGGAAUUUGAGCAGGCACACGAGGGUACACACCGGCGAGAAACCAUUUGUCUGCGGCGUUUGCGGUACAAGCUUCUCAGAGAAGGGCGUUUUAACCGCACAUGUCAGAACGCACACCGGAGAGAAACCAUUCACCUGUUCCGAAUGCGGGAAAGCUUUCUCGACAAAGACCAACUUAAAGAUGCACGCGCAAACACACACUGGUGUGAAACCGUAUGCCUGCUCCGACUGCGGGAAACGCUACUCGUCAAAGACCAACUUAAAGAAGCACGUGCGAACACACACCGUUGAGAAACCGUUUGCCUGCUCCCGGUAGGAGCGCCUUGACAACGUACGCAAGAACGCACACUGGUUAGAAACUGUUUCCCUGUUUAGUGUGCAGUCAACAAUCCUCACAGGUGGGAAACUUAGCCACACCCAGCAGUUUUUUUUUUUAAAAACAGAUGAUCCUGCUCUCAUACGUCUAAAAAAAAUAACUAUGGCUACACCACCACGUUUGUGGGGGGGGGAAAAGCAUCCACAGCCAACUGCAUUCAUUCGUUUUUAAGUACAUUCAUAACAAUGCCAGACCUUAAGGAGGCACCAGUUUCCCAAAUCCCAUCCAAUCAGAGAAAACUUCAAUCUAGCGACGUCUCUUCUUCAAAUUGGAGAAAAAAAUUACUUCUAACGCACUUCACGUACAUGUACCUUAGCUGGGAGCUACGACGAAGCAGUAGUAUAAAUCCCUCUAUUGAUUAUAAUUUGAUGUUGUUGAGUCAAAAUAUAAAGGAUUUCCUUAUUUGUAAAACUGAUUUUAAAACACA